ACUAGUUAGUUGGAGUUUGCCUUUUGAUGUCCCGUGUACACUAGCACGCGGUGCCGCGCGGUGAAACACUGCUUCCCAUUCAUUUUCAAUGGAGGAAAGUGGUGAGGAGCGAAGAGUGUGGGUGACGUGCAUGUUCACUAGCAAGUGGUAAAUUGUCGCGUGCCACUUAGGCCGCCCAUUGUGACUUGCUUGUGGCUGGCAGCAUAUAGCAGCACAUUCGAUUGUGCGUCAAGAAUUCAGCAUAGCAAGUUUGUAUGACGGUCUGGUUAUUAAAUGGGUAAAUAGUUCAAUAGUAAUAUGCUAGCUAACAGCCAUGGAGGAAGGUGAAGGAUAAUGUUAGCAGCCCCAACUUUCAAAGUGCGAGAGUAGGCUAUUCUAGAUAGGGUAGGUACUUUUGUGUAGUUCCAGUCCCUAGAAGUGAGGAAGGAGAUAAUGGUAACAUAAUAUUCAGUGCAGUGUAAUUUGAGUAUAAUGAAGUCUGUUUCUUGUGAGGUUUUCUGUCCUCAGAUUAAGAGAGCUAUGAAAGCCUGUAUACAGAUGAAGAGGUCUCAAUGAAGAGCAGUGGUUCUCAGUCCUGGUCCUGGGGACUCAAAGGGAUACCUUGUAACUGGAGAUUGCCUACAGUUACCGUGUAGGGCACUGCAAGGUUGGGUGACCAGGGCCAUCUGGGACUGCCUCCUGGAGAAAUUCAGGCAUGUGAAGGCUACCUGUGUUCUGCAUAACUUCAUGAGGAUGGACACGAGGACCAGGAGUGGAUCUGCAGCUUGCCGGCGUGUGCCAGAGGAGAAGUCUGGUGCUCUGCAGGAUGUUUCAAGGUUGGGGUCCAGCAACGCAGCAUGAGAGGCAAUCCGUGUGCAGGAGAUCUUCACCUCCUACUUCUUCAAAGAGAGUGCUGUUCCCUGGCAACACCAUAGACUACAUUAUGCACAACCAAAGGCUAUUUUAAGAGCCAUCCACAUUGCAAUAAGAUUAUUCUUCCAUUUACUUAGCUAUGUCAACUGCAGUUAUUCAAUUCCCAGUUUCUCUCCCUUUGAUUUCUACUUCUCAGGUGAGGGUGCUGUUUAGAUAAGGGUGUGAUGUCUGUAGAAAAACAAAACAGGCUGUUUUAAGUCACUCAUAUUGAGAAAAUGUAGAACAAUUAGACACCCUAUAACCCACAACUACACACUCAUGUAUCAAUCUGAUUGAUGGAUUGUGUUGUGCAGUAAGCAGGCUCAGGUGUAUAAUUGUGACUCCGUCCACCUUCAAAGAACAGGCAAGAGGGCUAACCAUGGAGAAUAGUAAGACACUUCAUUAUUUCUAUAACUAUGCUAUAUUGUUUGUCCUCGUGUGUCCAUUCAUGUUUUUCAGCAUAAAGUACUCUGCAGCUACUUAGUGGACACCAGGUGAGGCCACACACAGAUUCCUGUUGAACACUCAUUAAACCUAACACCCUGUGCGGAUUGUCAACGCGCAUGUCGUUCGGCCUACUUCUACGAAAAACACAAAAUUGAAACAUGGCACCCCAAGGCAUGUAAAUCUGUAAGCAGUUGUGAUAUUAACAAGAAAUGUUCAAAAUGCCAUUGCAAUUACAACCUUAAAAUAGACAGCCCUAAACCUCAUGUGUGUGGAAUCAUACAUUACAGAUUGGGCAAAGGGCCUUUGAAAAGCAGAGACGCUGAAGUGGUUCAAGAAGUGCCACAUGAGUGUUAUAUUCAGCCCUUGGCUGAAGAUGAACAUUCAGAGAAAUAUGUGUUUUAUGAUUUUGAGACUAAUCAGCAAUCCGGGGUUCAUUUGCCUAUUUUUGUACCUACCAUGACUUUCAAGGGUGAAAAGUGGUCGGCAGAGGGGCCCAAUUGUGCACUCCUCUUUCUAAAACACUUCAGAAAACCCCAGUACAGAAACUUCACGUUUAUAGCUCACAAUUCUAGAGCCUAUGACUCCUAUCCUCUUUUGAACCCUCUGAUACAACAAGGUGUUGCACCCAGUGUCAUAGCUCAAGGUAGUAAAAUCUUGUGUUUUGUAGACCCCGCCUUCAACCAGAGAUACAUUGACAGUUUAAGUUUCUUACCCAUGAGAUUGGCUCAAAUGCCUGAGGCCUUGGGUUUUGGAAACUCUGUGAAAGGGUGGUUUCCUCAUUUCUUCACAUCUGAGGAGAAUCUACAUUAUAUUGGAUCAUAUCCCAGCCCCGAAAUGUAUGGAUGUGAUCAAAUGUCUCCCAAAGAGUGAGAGAGAUUCAUGACAUGGUAUGAGACCGUAUGUCAUAGCAUCUUUGAUUUCCACCAAGAGAUGGAGUCAUACUGUGAGAACGAUGUAGUUAUACUUCGUGAAGGAUGCCUCAGAUUCAGAGAAGAGAUAAUCAAAGAUGUAGGCAUUGACCCCUGGAGUUGUACAACUAUUGCAUCGGCAUGCAUGAAAACUUAUCGUUCACACUUUUUACCUCCAGCAUCUAUAGCUAUUCCAUCGCCUGACAACUACCGACGCCAAUUCAAGUCAUACUCUAGUUGGUCCAUUCAAUGGUUGGAGUACUUGGCCCAGGAUAAAAACAUUUUUAUUCAACAUGCUUUGAAUAGGGGUGAGAAGGCAUUUGGGCCUUAUCACGUAGAUGGAUACAUACAGAUUGACGGUGUUGAGACCGUGUUUGAGUACAACGGUUGUUUCUUCCACAGUUGUAAAUCUUGCUUUGUGCCCCAGGACAUGUGUGUCCUAACCCAAAAGACUUUUGGGGAAAUGUACCAAGAGUUCCAAGACAAAUUGGAAUCUUUACAGGCUACUUACGGGUUGAAAGUGAAUGUGAUGUGGGAGCAUGAGUGGACAGCACUCAAAAAGUCUGAUCCUUAUGUUCGAGCUUUCCUUUCCAGCUUUGACACACCAGAACCCUUGGAACCACGACAGGCCUUGUAUGGAGGCCGUACCAAUGCUUCGACAUUGCGGUAUGUAGCGCAACCCGACGAGACAAUAGGAUAUGUAGAUUUUACAUCCCUUUAUCCUCAUGUAAUGAGUUCCUCAUGCUAUCCUAUGGGGCAUCCUGAAAUUAUUCACCGUGACUUUGACUUACCCCAAAACUAUUUUGGUCUGAUCAAAGCAACUGUCUACCCUCCUAGGGGUUUGUUUCUGCCAGUGUUGCCUUACAAGGGACCUCGAGGAAAACCUUUCUUUCCCCUUUGUCGCACCUGCAGUGAAAACAACAAACAGGAAAAGCCUUGUGAUCAUUCAGAUCAAGAAAGAGCCCAGACCGGUGUAUGGGUCACAGUUGAAUUCUCUAAGGCUCUAGAGAUGGGGUAUCAUGUGGCCAAAAUCUUUGAAGUGUGGAACUUUUCCAGGAAAUCAGACACUCUUUUUAAAGAGUACAUCAAGACCUUCUUGAGAUGCAAGCAAAUGGCUUCAGGCUAUCCUGCAUCGGUCACAGAUCAAGAGAGCAAAGACAAGUACAUUCAAGACUAUCACGACAGAGAAGGCAUACUUCUUGACACAGACAGAAUAGAGGUCAACAAAACCAAAAGAAAUCUGUCGAAAUUGUACUUAAACUCUCUUUGGGGCAAGCUUUUCCAGAGAAGCAAUAUGCUAACAAGGUCGAUCAUUAAAGACCCCAAAGAAUUUGGGGAAUUUGUUUUUUCAAAUCAAUACGAAAUUUCAAAAUUUUCAUUCUUGAGUGAAGACAUUGCCCUGGUGCAAUGGAGAUGUAACAAGAAUUGGGUCCUACCCCCGGGUAAUGUAAAUGUGUUUCUUGCAGCAUUUACCACGGCCUAUGGUCGACUUGAACUAUAUAACCUCGUGGCGCAGCUGCAGAGGAGGGUUCUUUACCACGACACAGACUGUGGUCUAUGUAAGCAAACCUGGUGAUUGGGAACCCCCCCACUUAGCAACUAUGUGGGUGGUUUAACGAGUGAACUCGAAGAUGGUGACCAUAUCACAGAGUGGUCCUCCUGUGGUCCCAAAAGCUAUGCUUUUAGGACUAAAGACAAUCACGUGGUGUUGAAAGCCAAAGGCGUGACUCAAAACUAUGAAAAUGCCCCGCGUGUAAACUUGGAAUCAAUCACACGCUUGGUUGAGGGGUUCAUAAACGACCGGAAUAGUGACUUGAUUGUUAGAGAUAAAAAGGGCUUCCAUCUAAGGACUUAUUAAAAUAUUCCGGGUAGUCUAUGACAAGAGAUUGCUUUUACCUGACGGGACCACCUUGCCCUUUGGCUACUGACUUAUGUUACAAGCCAUAUGUGUCUUAAAGCUUAAGAUAUAAUGGCUGCUGUAGAAGAUUUUGAUCCCCGGUUGCAACUACCAUUUUCGGCCUUAAUCGCAGGCCCAUCCAAUAGCGGUGAAACUUGUUUUGUAAAAAGUAUUUUAGAGAAUUCUGAACAUGUAUUAUCUCAGAAACCUGACAGUAUUGUGUGGUGUUAUUCGUGUUAUAAACCUUUGUAUGAUGAGCUGUUGAAGAAAAUAAAAAUCAAGUUUGUUGAAGGAA